AAUCUUCAGUUGUACGGUGGAAAAUAACGAAUACCGAUUAAAGCCACUCACGUUGCAAGAGAUAAAUUUACCUUCCUACAUCAAACUCAUCAUUCAAGCUCUCACUGAGUUAUUCGUGAUUUAUUCAACAGCGUUCAGUAUGUGUUUAACGUGAUGAAAAUCGGUUGUUUUCAAUUAAUUUAUACAACAGAUUGCGAUCCACUGUGAGUUUCAACAUUGAUGGUCAAAGGUAUGUUAACUUACUAUUUCAAUUCUAUUCAAUAUUGAGCAAAUGAUGAGUGGAGUGAAAUGAAAAUUUAGGCAAAAAGUAACCAUGUAUCAGCCAAUAUUGUUGCUACUAAAGCAUUUUUGCGCUCUGUUCAUUUGCUUUUUAUGCGACGACGAGGCAUGAAUUGAAAAGUCAUCUCGAUCAGCGAUCACGAUUUUCAAACCAUUUACUUAAUAACUAGUGUUCAUUUGAUAACUUUUCAAAGCUUAUCGACAUUCAAAUUAAUCAGAACUUUUGCGCAAAUAGAUACUGAAAGCUGAUUCCGACUAACUAUCAUCUCGAUUUUUGUACGUAUGUACCAUGUUCAUAAAUACAUCCGAAAAAACUGUUUCCGUAGCGGAAAUCACAAAUACCAACAAAUCACAGCCACGUAUAUAUUAUGUGCAUCGCACGAUAGACUUGGAUAGAUUAAAAUGCUGAUUUUAGCUGGUAUCAUUUGUAUGUUUUUCAUUAUGUUCUCAACAAUGUAGUGAGUGUCUCACACUAUUUAAAUGAACAAUUUUUAAUUACUUUUGCAACAAAUCUCUAUGUACUGUACGCUGUCUCAGAGGUCAAAAGGAGUAAAAACUCGUAUUUCAAUUUUCAUCCUCGGUCUUACCGUAUUAUAUUCAUCACAAGAAGAAUGUCCAAAAAUAUUAUCGAAACAAAAUCUUUAUAACUUGAGGGGAAAACAAUGGAGAAGUAAAUGAAACAUUGAGGAAAUACAUUAUGAUCAUAAUGCGUAUUCGUCAAUUCUUUCCCACUGUUUUUGCUUUUACAUUAAUAUUGUACAUACACAUAAACCACUCAGAUGCACAAUCCGAGGAAGAUAUCGUGACAGUGUUUCCUCCUGCUAAAAGGGGUCCAUUUGGCCAUUUGGCAGUAGACAAGUAUGGAAGAUGGAUAUAUAUAGCUGAACCAGGAUAUCUUCAUCAAUUAUCAUCAGACAUGAAGUUGCAAGUUAAAUAUACCAUUAAGGAACUAGCUGAUUUUUCUAAUUGUACAACUUACAGUUGUUUGAGCGAAUUGUAUGGAAAUACGAGUAUCAGUGAUUAUAACCAAAUAUUAGCAUUGGACUAUCAGAACCAGCAAUUGAUAUCGUGCGGUACUUUUUACUCAGGUAUAUGUCACGCUCAUGACAUGAGUAAUAUAUCGAAAAUUUUGGCAACCAAGUUUGAACCAGUCGUACACUCUGACCACAAGAACCCGGCUGUAGCCUUCACGGCAUCCGCACCUAGUUCAUUACACACCUCGUUAAUACCAUUGUCCACACUAUAUGUCGGCUAUGUUGAAAACUAUACUGUUCAAGUACAGAUCAGAAAUCUAGGACAAACACAUUUUUUGUCAGAACUAAGAGAAAAUUCUACCUUCAAUUCGAUAAACAAUACAAUAUGCGGUCAUGGUUCCAGAUUCAUUACGGGUUUCAGUUUUCAAAACAGUAGCUACUUUCUCACUACAAAUGUCCAAAUUCCAUCUACUGUGUUAAAUGAUACAACUGCUGGACUGCUCUGGGGAGCAGGAUACCUAAGCAAGAUAGAUCAUGAACAGGAAAAAGAUUUAUAUAGCGGUGUUUUCAUAACUUGCAAUUCUAGCAUACAACAUUCAGCUGAACUUCAAAUCAGGCAGGCUUAUAUCUACAAGUAUGUGAACAAAUCAAACUCUGCAUCAGAAACAGAUUUACUUGAAGUGAAGGAAACAUUUAUGUUCACACUUUCCACUAUGUUUGUAGAAGGACGAUAUGCGGGUUAUGUAGUAUGUAAAUAUGGUAUGAAUAACAUACAUUUUACUUCCCAAAGGAACCAAAUACUCAACGAAGAUCUCAUAUUUUUCCACGAGGGUCCGCCAGAAGUAACAGCUAUGGCAGUCACAUUUGUUAACAACCACAUUGUCCUGUUCCUUGGUACAGAAACCGGACAUCUGAUGAAAGUAUCGAUUGAAGGAAUUCAUUCACCCAAUGCUGGCACGGCAAAUUACUACUCAGAUAUCACAAUUCGUGAGGGAUGUCCUGUAAAUUCUGAUUUGCUGCCUAAUUUCGAAAAAAAAUUAUAUGUAAUGACUUCAGAUAAUAUCGUGGGAGUCUACAUGAGCAUUUGUUACAUAUACAACACAUUAUAUGAAUGUUUGCGCACACAAGAUCCUCAUUGCGGCUGGUGUUUUGCUAAAAAUAGAUGUUGUUUGAUAUCAGAAUGUACUGAUGAACAAAACAGCAUCGCAUGGAUGUCGUAUGAUAUCUAUAAACACACGAACACAUCUUCAAUUUCAAAGAACAAAUUUUUACAAUCAGCAGAAUGGAAUGAGACUGUCAGUUUCAUAGAAUCACAUCCUUUUGAUAACCUCACAAUGAAAUGUAGCAAAUAUGAGACGUGUUCGGCGUGUGUAAAUUCAAGUUAUCCAUGUAAGUGGCAUGUGAAUGAUCACAGGUGUACCGAUGAAACAGUCUGGAGCAGUGAGGACAUAGUAAUAGGGGCUACUUUAGAUCAGAUUCAGUCUAAAAUUCGGAAUAACCUAUUCUACCACAAAUUUAUAAGAGAUGAGUAUUUUUGUCCCCAGUUCUUCCCCACAAAACAUUACAAACCAGAAAUUCUCAUAAAUGCUGAGACAGAAUGGAAAGGAAGCAUCACAAUUGGGUAUAGAAUCCCAACAGAUUUCCCAAAUGAAACAUUUAUAUGUGAAUUUCACAUAGAAGGAAAUAAGACGAUACAAUAUGCAACUUCGCUCGCUUCAAGGUCUAAUUUACCCAAUACAGGUAUUUCAGAAGGUGAAAUUGAAUGUGAGAAUGUAAUACUUACAUAUGCUGAUCAAAAGCCAAACAUAACUGUCCAAUUGUCAAUCUUAUGGAAUGGAUCAAAACAUCUUGAUAACCCCGAAAAUAUAAGCGCAACCUUAUAUAAAUGCCUAUACAUGGGAAAUCAGUGUAAAGCAUGUGUGAGUCUGCAAUAUUGCAAAUGGAAUUCAGAAGCUAAACAAUGUGAACACAAUACGAUUAACAAUGACUGGUGGUAUAAGAAUGCUAAAAUGGAACAAUGUCAAGAUCCAACCAUCUCUUUCUUUACACCACAACUAGGACCUUGGGAAGGUGGAACUAGAAUAUCAAUCCAUAUUAGCAACUUGGGUAAUGCAUUACCAUUGUCUUGGAACAUUACAGUAGGUGACACCGCCUGCACUGCACAUUCACAACCAACUGACAUUAGAACAGAACCAUUAAUCUGUGUAGUGGAUCGAUGUAAUUCAACAUUUCACAAUUGUAGUGGACCAAUUAAACUUAUUGCAGAAGAUUUACUUUUGACAUCAAAUACUACCUUCCAAUUUGUUGAUCCUAAAAUCAAUUACAUCUCUCCAACAAGUGGAUCGACAAGUGGUGGCACUGAGUUAACAAUUAAUGGCGAAUGUUUGAACGCUGGUAAUAUAAUUGAAGUUUAUAUAGGUGAUUUGGAAUGUGUCGUAUUUGAACGUUAUUCAAAGCAACUGAAAUGCUUGACAGGUCCAUCUAAAUUGUCCUUCAAAACUCUUGUCAAUAUACAGUUUGACGGGCAUACUCGAACAUCUGAACAAGUUUAUGAAUAUGAUGAAAAUUUAGAAGCAGAUGAAAACAUUCAAACAAUACCUAGAGGCGUUCCAACAGGCGGACUGAAUACAACAAUAAAAUUUGAUAUAUCUAUUCGAAAGAACAUCACAAAACUGCAAGAAAUCUUAUUCUACAUUCAUGAUGAAGAGAACGCAAAGAUAUAUGACAGCAAAUGUGAAAUAUCUAACAUUUCCCUGAUUUGCCCAAUACCAAACAUUGAUCUUAACAGUAAUUUUCUUGAUGAAAAGAAACCCAAACAUAUGGAUUAUGGUUUCAAAAUAAACCCUUCGAAUGGAGAAAACAUGGACGAUUUCCAGAUUACAAAAAAAUACCCCAAGUUUCUACUUUACCCAGAUUCAGUUCGUGAUCUUUUACAAGGAAAAAUCGUUAAACAACAAACUACAUCAAUCAUAGUCAAAUGGUUAUUAGAAAACAUCUGCUUGUUCAUAGUAGGGUUAGUGAUUCUCAUUGUACUCAUAAUUACAAUAUCAAUCAUGUAUUGGAGAAAAUCCACUGCAAGGGUAAGAAAAAUGCAAAAACAGAUAAAUGUAAUGGGAAUGGAAAUGAUAGCGGUGUCACAAUUGGUUAAAAGAGUAGUAAUUGAAAAAAAAUUGGAACUGGAUGAAAAUUUAUCACAAAUGCUUAAAUUACCAAAUGUCAACAUCACAUAUGAAUCCUACUAUACAUCAGAUGCCAAUCAAACAACACCAACGAUUGAUUAUGAGAUACCACUAGAUGAAAAGUGGGAAGUUCCAAGAGGAAACGUUGUUCUUGGGAACUUUCUAGGAGAAGGAGAAUUCGGAAGUGUUGUCAAAGGAAAUGUUUCGGGCCUCUCACAACAAGAUGAUGACACAACAGUAGCAGUAAAGAUGUUGAAAAGUAACUACAAAGACACAGACUUGGUCAACUUGGUGAUGGAAAUGGAAUUGAUGAAACUUAUUGGCAGACACGACAAUGUACUUGGUCUACUCGGAUGUUGUACACUUGAUGGGCCAUUGUACAUUAUCACCGAAUACUCUCCACAUGGGAAUUUACUCGAUUUUCUUAGGAAUCGCCAUCUCUCUUCCAAACCCAAGGAAAUUUCAAUUGAUGACUUGUCUGAAAAACGUUUAGUCACAUUUGCACUACAAAUAGCAACAGGCAUGGAGUAUUUAGCUUCCAUAAACUGUAUCCAUAGAGACCUAGCAGCUCGAAAUAUCUUAAUAUAUGAUGAUUAUAUCUUGAAAAUCGCCGAUUUUGGAUUAGCCAGAGAUACUGGACAUGCUGAAUACUACAAACAAAAAACCAAUGGAAGAUUCCCAGUCAAGUGGAUGGCACCAGAAGCUUUAACACACAGACGUUACACAACUCAAUCUGAUGUAUGGUCAUAUGGCAUACUGCUGUGGGAAAUGAUGACUUUUGGUGCUGUCCCAUACUCGUCAUACAAUGAUGUAGACAAAUUGCUGAUAGAUAUUGAAGAAGGCUAUCGUAUGAUGAAACCCAAAAAUUGUUCAACAACAAUAUACUCCCUAAUGAUGAAAUGCUGGAAUUAUUUACCUGAAGAACGACCAGACUUUACAACAAUCAUUGAAGAUUUGAAUGUCAUUCUGGCAAAUGAUGACGCAAUAGCAGAACAACCUGAUCCUUAUUACUUACAUGUUAUCACCGAACCCAGUCAAAUGGAAAAUGAAACUGAUAGUCUGUUGGAGAAGUCUACUUGAUGACACGAGGGAGGACUGUAAUUUUAUAAUUUUAUGAUCGCCAUUACUGAUGGCUAGGUAGUUAGCUUCAUUCAUUGAAUAUUAUUCUAUCUACUUGCACAUUUACCUACCUAAUAAUUAAUUCAUUUUUAUUAUACUUAGUCAAUUAAUAUACAUACUUAGAUGUACUCAUAUUAUGGAUGUAUGCUUCAUUAGUACAUUAUGGAUAAAUAUGUAUGUAAUGUACGUACCUAAUGAAUAUUU